AUGCUCUCCACCGCAACCAAAGUGCUCGUCGCCCUCUUCUUGGUGUCUACCCACAAGACCCUACCCUUUGCCUACUUCUGUCGUUUCUACUACCACAUCAUCCGUCAGUUCAUCUUGACAAACUGGACAUACCACGAAAAGAGGUUAAACACCUUUGGCUUUACCAAACCAAAUGAUCUCUUCAAUUGGGUCACCUUGAAGUCCAGAGUGUCUCCCUUGGAAAUAGACAUGUACUUGCACAAGUCCAAUUCCACCUACUUUCUCGAUUUGGAUAUCGCCAGAACCAAGUUGGUGAUGAGAGUGUUCCAGAAACUCUUUUGGAACUGUUACAAAAAUGUCCAUGGCGAGUUCAAGACAACAGGGUUUGCUAAUAUGCCUUAUGCUCCCAUAGCUACGGUGCAAGCUUCGUUCAAAAGAGAAUUGAAGCCUUUCCAGUCUUUCGACAUCAAGAGUAAGGUAUUUGCCUGGGACGAAAAAUGGCUCUUUAUUUUGUCCAAGUUCGUCACAAAGGGUGACAAAUUGCACACCAUUGCCGUUACCAAGUACGUUUUUAAGAAGAAUGGCAGACAGACCUUCAAGCCAGUGGACAUGCUCAAAGAUGCUGGCUUGUAUAGCGAGGAGGUCGAAGCUCAAAACGCAAAGAACUACCCAUUGGUCAGUCACAUGGCUUCUAUCGAAGACUUAGAAAGGGUGGCCCAUGAACUCAAUUAG